AUGCAUCCAGUUGUGAGUUAUCCUUUGGCCUUGUUGGUAGCCAUCUGCCUCAGCAGUGUAGAGACGGCGCCCGGGAAUGUGGCCCAGCUGAUAGUGCCCUUGACCCUGGCAGAGUUUCAGUUCCCGCCAGAGGUUAAGGAGGAGGAGAUCCGCCAAAAUCCCGAGCCGAGACUACGAAAUGCUGAAGAUGUCCAGGGUCGGUUUUUUGGACAAAAAAGUGGCACCACUAUUCUGGUUCUUUCUCUGCCAGCCGCCAGCUCGUCCAAUGGAACCGGGUCUAAUACUACCCAAAACGUGGUUACUAACGUGACUCCAUCUAGUUCCACCACUACUACUCGAGUGGAUGACUUUAUUCGGACACCCAUCGCCGUGCCGUAUCCCGUCAGCUUCCCGAUGCAGUCACCCGCCUAUCCGAUGCAGUACUUCCGCAAGCGACAGGAUCAGAGUCCAGCCGUGUCCUAUCCCUCGGCCUUGUUCGGCUGGAACGGUCCAGAUCAGGCUCUUGUGGGAGAUGGUGGCUUCCCAUCACUCGCUUCGUCCGGCGGCCUUCGUUCUCCGGUACCCAUGGUUCCCAUCACCAUCGGCAAUGAGGUGCGCUAUGUCCCCCUGAACCUUCGCAUGUUCCGGCAGUUGAUCCCUAAUCAGCCCGUCGUCCGGGAGAGCGAGGACCUUGCCGAAACCGAUGACCUGUCGCCCUUCUCCCAGGAGGUCGAGGAGGUCAACGAUGACGAGGACAAUGCUGAUGCCUCUGAGGGUCUGGGUGGUCUGUUCGGCCACCGCUUCCGGCAGCGCAGGCGGCGUCCUCUGCAGAACCUCCGUCGGGUUCAAUACCUCUGAGGAGAUGAUCAAGGAUGACAUUUGAAAGGACUCACCCACAACCGGCUA